UUUUCUUUGCAAACUGUGAAACUUGGAAGAUUCGAUCCAAGGACCUGAAACUCGAAGAUUUUUUUUAAUUAAAAUAAAUUUUUUUAUUUUUUAUUAAAGUUUAUAAUAUUUGUCAACCAAUAAUUAUCAUCGCCAAAUCGUCAUCGUUAGAGACGUCUUUGAGAAGAAGAAGAAGAGGAAAGACGAGGAAGAAGAAAAUAUCUGAGAAAAUUGAAAUCGAGUCUUUAAUCGACUUGAGGUGGUGGUGUUGGGUUUCGAUUUGUUUAAUGCAAAUUUUAUAUUCUGUUUUCAGAUUCAGCUCUGAUUUGAAUCUGCUGAAACCCUAGGUUAAAACUACCCUACUACCAACUGCCUUCCGUACAUCCUUUUAAUUUUUUGGUCUUCUGUGCUGUUAACUAGGAUUGGGUUUAACUGGAUCUGCAUGCAAUGGAGCGGACUGGGUAAGCCUAUUACCUUGAUGAAGUCCAUGAACUUGUAAACUGUUGUGUGCUAAAGAAGAGAAUAUGCUACCAAAUUGGAAGAAGCUACGCAUUAGAUUGACAGUCCAAUCUUUAGUUGAAAGUUUGUUUUUGUUAAUUGGAACAUAUAAGAGUAAAGAGGGUGGGUGGUAAUGGUAUGCUGUGAAAAGAAGCUAUGGAGCAACCUUUUGAGAAACGUUUUCCAGUCAAUGCAAAAGAUUACAAGUUAUAUGAAGAAGUUGGAGAAGGUGUCAGUGCCACUGUGUACAGGGCUUUAUGCAUUCCACUUAAUGAGAUUGUUGCUAUCAAGGUUCUUGAUUUGGAGAAGUGCAAUAACGAUCUGGAUGGAAUUCGUAGAGAGGUCCAGACUAUGAGCUUGAUUGAUCACCCAAAUUUAUUACGGGCACAUUGCUCAUUUGCAACCGGUCACAACCUUUGGGUUGUGAUGCCAUAUAUGGCUGGGGGCUCUUGCUUGCAUAUAAUGAAAUCUGCUUUUCCUGAAGGUUUUGAAGAGCCUGUCAUUGCUACUUUGUUGCGUGAAGUUCUUAAAGCUCUUGUUUAUCUUCAUUCUCAUGGGCACAUUCACAGAGAUGUGAAGGCUGGUAAUAUCUUAGUUGAUUCUAAUGGUGCUGUCAAGUUGGCAGACUUUGGAGUAUCAGCAUGCAUGUUUGAUACUGGAGACAGACAGCGUUCUAGAAAUACUUUUGUUGGAACUCCUUGCUGGAUGGCUCCAGAAGUUAUGCAGCAAUUGCAUGGUUAUGACUUUAAAGCGGACAUCUGGUCUUUCGGAAUUACAGCUCUUGAACUUGCUCAUGGCCACGCCCCAUUUUCCAAGUAUCCACCAAUGAAAGUUUUGUUAAUGACCUUGCAAAAUGCUCCUCCUGGUCUAGACUAUGAAAGAGACAAGAGGUUCUCAAAGUCUUUCAAGGAGUUGGUAGCUGCUUGCUUGGUGAAGGACCCGAAGAAACGUCCAACUUCAGAGAAGCUUUUGAAGCACCAUUUCUUUAAACAUGCACGCUCCUAUGAUUAUCUAGUUCGUACCAUUCUUUACGGCCUUGCUCCAUUAGGUGAACGUUUUAGGGUGCUAAAGACGAAAGAAGCUGAUCUUCUUGUACAGAAUAAGGCUUUUUAUGAGGACAAGGAGCAAUUAUCACAGCAAGAGUACAUAAAAGGGAUUAGUGCUUGGAAUUUCAACCUAGAGGACUUAAAAAGUCAGGCUGCACUCAUUCAAGAUGACGAUGAUGCACCAAAUGCAGAAGAUCAAGAUGGGAGCAGGAAACAAAGGGACCGGCAUGAUGUAGUUGGGUUAUCAGCUGAGAGGAUAUCUCCUGAAAUGCCUAGUAAUUCCAUUGCUGCAAGUAGCCAGGAGGACGGACUUAGUGAUCUUCAUGAUUUGGAGAGUUCACUUGCUUCAUUUCCUAUUAAGCCACUUCAAGCACUCAAAGGCUGUUUUGACAUUGGUGAAGCUGAGGGUACAAAUGGUCCAAAUUGGAAAGGUGUUACCCAGUUGGAAAGUGAACAGUUAAUUACAAAGUCAUCAAGAGCCAUGGACCAAGAUGCUGGAAGAAAUGAGGGUGAGAACUCCGGGCAAAGUAGCUCUUCCACACGCCAGGUCGUUCCAGAGCAUAAAAAGUUCUUGAGCGGUUCGCUAAUACCUGAUAGUGCCUUUUCACCUAACAAGUUUACUGGAGAUGGGGACAGGGACUUCCCACAGCCUAAAUUUCCAUCUGAACGCAACUACAGUGGACCAUUGUUGUACCGCCAGAGGAGGGAAACAAAUAACCCUUCAUCUGAGGAUUCAUCGGAAGGAGCAGUUGUUCAGCGGGGACGCUUUAAGGUGACUUCAGCAGAUCUCAGUCCCAAGGGACCUACCAACUGCACGUUUAACCCGGCCACUGGAGGUUCAACCAGUCCAACGUCGCUAAACCUUAGAGCAAGUGCAGUUCUCCCAUCUCUACAAUGCAUUUUGCAACAGAACACCAUGCAAAGGGAAGAGAUCAUCAGACUGAUCAAAUAUUUGGAGCAAUCAUCUGGUAAGCUCGGGGACUUGUCAGAGGUGGGCACCAAUGACCUUUUGCAGAUACCGCCUUCUUCUGCAAGGGAAAAAGAGCUGCAAUCUCAGGUGCUUCAGCUGCAACAGAGUAUUGGGAAUCUCGUUGAGGAAUUGCAGAGACAGAAAAUGAAGAACAUUCAGUUAGAGAAACAAUUAAAUAAAGCAUUGGCCAACAACAAAAAGUGAAGGGUUUGAAACAAAGAAACAAAAAUUAGAAAGAUUGGUGGAGUUGAUACUUUAAACGGCGUAUGGUCCAGUGCGUAGGGUUCAUAAAAAGGGUUGAAGUAUAGGAGUAAGAGUGCCUUCUUAUUUUUAUUGUAUUAUUAUUAUUUUCGAGUGUACCAUAUAUAGAGAUAUAACAAUAUGAUAUAAAUAUAUAUGGCCUUGUGUUAAAAAGCCAUCCGAGUGGACGCCCCAAUUUUGCAAUGCCAUAAUCCUUGAAUUUGAGUUGAGGUUGAGUCUCAUGUAAUGUAACUUUGUUGUAAUUUAUUAAUUCACAAUCCACAGCCACAGGAUAUUGUAAUAUAAAUUACAAUCUCUCCAUGUCUUUCAUAUCCCACUUUCCAACUCUGAAUAAAAUAAAGGUCAAUUUACAGUUUUA